UCUGUGAAAUGAAGAUCGGAAAGUGUAGCAAGCUUCGCACAAAUAACACAGCUCAUUUAUGAUAUUUGGUUCAUCACGAGGAUUGUCGGUUGACAGAAUGACGUGGAAAACAAAAAGAAAGAAAGACCUUAUGGUUUUCGCAACGUCAUAGAGUGCCACGUUUCUUGUCCGGGAACUUUCGGCCUCGAGAUCUUAAAUUUGGCCUUUUUUUCGCAAAUUCUAAUCUGACCAUAAAUAAAUAAAUAAUGCCGCGAAUAUACACUCCUCCAAGUGUAUCACCGCCGUUAAUUUGCUUUACUAUAUGUCAGUACAGUUUCUUCUUAUUGUUCAGGAAGACACUAGACGAUUUUGAGCAUUUCUGGAGAGACCAUAUUUUCUUGAAGUAUAGAGGAGGGUUUUCUGUAUUAAAAGGAUCGGAACUGAGUGGUCUGGAUCCGGAUUUUUAUGUGGAGCCAUUGGUUCCAUUUGCACAUUUCCUAAUGGGAAUCGGAGAGCUGGACCAUACUUGACCACGCCCACUUUAAUCUUGGGAAUGUGGCAUUGUUUUACUUCAAUGUAUUAAAAAUUGUGCUGUUUUGUAUUUGAAUGAGAUUGCAAUCAUUUCCUUCAACUAAUUCAUUUAAUUGUUUCUUGCCCCUGGAAAUUGAUCUUUGUAGUUGAGCAUCUUGGGCUCCCGCGCUUAUUUCUUCAUGUACUAGCUGCUAAUGACUAUUACAAUAUGAAAGUGAUUGACUAUAGCCCCGCUGCUGCAAUAUCAAUAAAUAUAGACAUCAAUAUUUCCAAUAUCGGCCAAAUAAAUUGUCGUAGAAGUUUGGAAAUCUGAAAUGGUGUCAGUCAGAAAUGGUAAUGAAUCUGAGAGAAGUCGGAAGUUGUUGCUUGGAAUAGGUUUCUGGGUGCAGGGGUUAAGGUGCUUUCCAUGGAUGGGCGUCAACUUUUUCCUCAAGGAUGGGAUGAGAGUGGACCCCUCCACUCUCCAGAUCCUGCAGAACUCCGCCAAUCUGCCCAUGGUUGCUAAGCCUUUUUACGGCAUCCUCUCUGAUUCCUUCUACAUCUUUGGCCAACACCGUGUCCCUUACAUCGCCCUAGGAGCAUUUUUACAAGCAGUGUCAUGGGUAACUAUUGCACUUUUUGCCAAAUCAGACAUCUCAUUUCUGUCAAUCACUUUUUACCUUCUGCUUGGGAAUCUGGGUGCUUCAAUAGUCGAAGUUGCCAAUGAUGCCAUUGUUGCCGAGACUGGGAAACAGCUGGCCUUGUCCAAGAACUCGAAACCAUCUUCCUCAGGUGAACUUCAGUCGUUCGUUUGGAUGGCCUCGUCUGUUGGUGGAGUUAUGGGAAAUCUAAUUGGUGGAAUUGCUAUUGAUAAAUUCUCAACGCAACUGAUGUUCCUCAUGUAUGGCAUUCUUCUUUCUUUACAGUUCUCAAUAACACUAUUUAUUCGUGAAAGCUCUUUAGACCUUCCCAAAAGCCCGUCCCAAGUAGGUUUUAGAAAGCAAUUAUCCGAGCUCUUGGUUGCUUUAAAGAAGCCAACGAUCUAUUACUCUAUAAUCUGGUUUGCUAUGUCCUAUGCCGUAAUCCCAGCCCUUACUGGGACAAUGUUUUACUAUCAAACCCAACAUUUGAAGAUUGAGUCGUCACUUCUGGGGAUAUCGAAGGUGUUUGGGCAAGCAGCUAUGCUGCUCUGGGGUGUUGUAUAUAAUCGCCACCUCAAAUCGGUUCCACCCAGAAAAUUAAUCGCAGCUGUUCAGAUCUCUAUGGCUAUUUUCAUAAUAUCAGAUGUUUUGUUUGUGAAUGGUGUGUACAGGAGUAUGGGCAUCCCUGACUCGCUCUAUGUCGUGGUUUUCUCGGGAUUUCUGGAGGUUUUAUACUUCUUCAAGAUUCUACCUUUCAAUGUUUUGAUGGCGCAGCUUUGCCCACCUGGGUGUGAAGGCUCAGUCAUGGCAUUUGUAAUGUCUGCUAUUGCUCUUGCUUUUAUAGUGAGUGGUUACUUAGGGGUGGCUCUCGCAUCGUAUGUUGGAGUGACUGGAGACGACUUCUCUGGCUUGCCACGUGGCCUUUUGAUACAGGCUGUGUGCACACUUUUUCCCCUUUUCUGGUCAUCAUGCAUCCCAGAUGUAAAAUCUAAAGGCAAGAAGAAAGAAAACUAAGUGGUGGAUCAAUCAGCAUAGAUUGCUGUUUAAUUAGGUAUCAUAUUGCAUGGUGCAGUAUUUAGUAUUUACUGAUUCUUAUUUAUUAAUUCUUUUAUUAUCUUACCCUUUGACGGUAGAAUGAUGCGCUCGACA